AUGGAAUUUAGUUAUACGGUGUCACGAGGAAGUAGGGAUAUUUCGCUAACAGUUCGCGACCCUAGAGAUGUUGAAGUUGUCGCAGACGAAAGGAAACAAUACCAUUUCCAUCGUAUCAUGAUUGGCAGUUCUGAAAACUCACUAGGUGACUAUUCGAUUUGUAUGGACAACUCUUAUAGUUAUGAAAGUAAAGCUGUUAGCUUAUCUCUGCAUUUACUGGAUGGAAAGGGAGACUACGUUAGAAGUCCAUCGGAGCUCAGAGGUGGCGAUCCACUUCAAAUCACUGUUGACGUAUUCGAGACCUCCACGACUCGUCUGAUGAACAAUAUUGAUGCAGCAGAUAGAUUAUUGGUUCAAAUACGAGUCAUCAACAACAUAGUUUUGCUCGUUCGAAGUUUACUCACCGAGGAUUCAAGAGUUGGCAGAAUAUUACGCCAUGGAAGAAAAUAA